AUGGAUUCAACACAAAUCAAUCUCUUAAAGCAGUUCGUUUCAAUGUGUAAAACUGAUCCUAAUGUCUUGCACAUGCCUGCAUUAGCUUUCUUUAAAGAUUUCAUUGAAAGCUAUGGUGGUAAAAUUCCUCCAUGUAGACCCAAAGAAGAGCCUAAGCCAGAAGAGGCUAAACCUGCUGAAGCAGAACCUGAAGUAGAAGAAGAAGAGGAAGAAGAAGAAGUAGAGAGUGAUAUUGAACUAGAUAACAGUGGUGUAAUAGAAGAUAGUGAUGGUAGCUUACCAGAGUAUGCACCUGAUGAUCAUGAAGUAACUGAUGAUCUUAUUGACCAAGCUAAUGAUAAACGUAAUGAUGCUAUGGAUGCUCUUAGUUCAGGAAAUUAUGAAGAAGCUAUCAAGUCUUUUACGGAAGCCAUCAAACUUAAUCCACAUUCAGCAUUAAUGUAUGCUAAAAGAGCCAGUGCUUAUUUGAAGUCCAAGAAACCUAGAAAGGCAAUACAUGAUUGUGAUAGAGCUAUAGAAAUCAAUCCAGAUUCUGCUGCACCUUAUAAAUGGAGAGGCAAAGCAAACCGAUUGUUAGGGAAAUGGGAAGAAGCCUACCAUGAUUUGACUACAGCAUGUAAAUUAGAUUAUGAUGAUGAUGCCAAUAUGAUGUUAAAUGAAGUCAAACCUAAUGCCAUGAAAAUAAUGGAACAUAACAGAAGAUAUGAAAGAAAGAGGGAAGAAAAAAUACUGAAUGAAAGGAAAGCUAAAAUAAAGAAAGCUAGAGAAGAAUAUGAAAAGCAAAAACAGGUACAUCAACAAAGCUCUGGAGGGGACAUGCCCGGUGCUGGUGGUUUCCCUGGUGGUAUGCCAGGUUUCCAAGGUGGAGGUAUGGGUGGUAUGCCAGGAAUGCCUAAUUUAGGUGACUUAUUCUCUGACCCUGAAUUAAUGACAGCAUUCCAGGAUCCAGAAGUUAUGGCAGCCUUCCAAGAUGUUUCAGCUAAUCCUGCUAACAUUUCAAAAUAUCAAAAUAAUCCUAAAGUUCAAAAGAUUAUAAACAAGAUGGCUGCCAAGUUUGGUGGU